CACGGUUGCCCACACAACACAUCAGCGACACGAUGGCUCUGUCGUCGCCACUUCAGAACCUCUCCGCAGUUAUCUCCGCCACCGGCAAUGCCACCACGGCAGCGGCCCGGCCGCCGAGGGGACGACGGUGCGAGGUUCGCUCGGCGGCGUCCAAUACAAGCGCCACCGCCCCGGUGCAGUUCGGCGGUUACGAAGAAGGGAAGCUUGAGCGACCCAAGUGGACUGGGGAGACCCCUCUUUCUCGGCUGGUUCAGACUCUCAUCGCCUUCAAGCCUUUGUACUCUGUUCUCAAGCUUGGUGCUAGAAGGGUUAUGAUAAGUACAGCUGAGAAGAACAAUAUACCGUGGAGGCAAAUGGCGAAAGAGGUUUUAGAGUCAGAAGUGUAUAGGGAGAUGGACAGCAUUCAAAACCAGUCUUUAGUGUACCCUGAUUAUUAUUUGAAUCCAUUCCAUGCAUACGAGGAGGGCAAUCUUACAUGGCUGGCAGCAGCAGAAGCAGAGGCUGCUACAAUGUCAAUGGUUAGACGAGCACUUCCAGGUGCUUCUUCAUUGGAGGAAGCAAAUCAGAUACUGCGUGGCAAUUGGCUUCAAGCAAUUGAACAACACCAUAUACAGUAUUCAGAAUCAUCUGGGAUUAAUGACAUUCUAGAUAUUGGAUGCUCUGUCGGCAUAAGCACUAAAUAUCUUGCAGACAAGUUUCCCAUAGCCAAAGUCACCGGGCUAGAUCUGUCACCGUAUUUUCUAGCUGUGGCUCAGCAUAAGGAAAAGGGGGCAAUGCCUAGAAAAAAUCCUCUAAGAUGGAUACAUGCAAAUGGGGAAGACACGGGCUUGCCUUCUAAAUCAUUCGACCUUGUUUCUCUUGCCUUUGUGCUUCAUGAAUGUCCUACAAGAGUUAUAGUGAAUUUAGUGAGGGAAGCAUUCCGUCUCCUUCGGCCUGGAGGCACACUAGCUUUGACAGAUUUUUCGCUGAAGUCAAAGGUCCUUCAGGAAUUGUCUCCUGUUCUGUUUACACUGAUUAAGAGCACAGAACCUUUUCUGGAUGAGUAUUACUUGACUGAUAUGGAUGAAACACUGAGGGAAGCUGGUUUUGUGAACAUAACAUCAAUUCUUACAGACCCCAAACACGUCACAAUUACAGCAACGGUGCCUCAAUGAAACAUCACAUCUUCUUGACAGUUUUUUAGUUUCAUUUUCCUUGGUACACAAACAUUUUCUUGGGUUUGGCAUCAAGCAAGUUAGCACUUGGUCAACGUAUUUCCAAAUUAAUAGUGUGGUCCAAAAUGGUUUAACUAUGUAUCAAUGUGCCACGGUCUAAUGUUAUUAUUUAUCAUUUGGUUUUGUAGAGUAUCCCAAGAUCUGGUGCAACAUAAAUUCCUUUGAACAUAAACAUGAUUAUCCAUUACCAAAGAUGUACUGUUGUUCUUUUCUUGAAGCACCGAUCAAUUACUGUCGUGUCCUUCUUA